GGUUCAGCGCGCGGAUGCGUGGGUUCAGUACUGCUCAGCGUCCAUUUGUGUGAGAGGCGCACAUCUCUCCAGAGGCGCACGGAGGUUCCGCGCCGGAUCUCUUCUGCAUUGAUAUUCUGUAGCUGACAACUGAGAAUCAACAUACGGUAGAUUCACACCAGCCCUCUGGGAUGGAGGGCACAGGCAGUGGCUGGACAGCCGAGCCCACCCCCCCAUAUGUGAUGCAUGAUGUGAAUGGAAAUGACACUGGUCAGGUCUUUGAGGUGGCGCUGCAGAACAGUUCCUCCAAGCGCAGCCCUCAGUUUGUGGGUGUGGAGCUGCUGCAGUCCUUCAAGUUGCUCAUCAUUCCCUGCUACACUCUGGUGGCUCUGGUGGGCGUGUUUGGCAACUACCUGCUCCUCUAUGUCAUUUGCCGCACUCGCAAGAUGCACAACGUCACCAACUUUUUCAUCGGAAACCUGGCAUUCUCUGAUAUGCUGAUGUGUGCUACAUGUGUCCCCUUCACACUGGCCUACGCCUUCAACCCACACGGCUGGGUGUUUGGGCGUUUCAUGUGCUACCUGGUGUACCUCAUCCAGCCUGUGACGGUGUACGUGUCAGUCUUCACCCUCACUGCCAUCGGUGUGGACAGAUAUUAUGCCACAGUUCACCCUCUGAAAAAGCGCAUCUCAGUCUUGGCGUGCACCUACCUUCUGUCUGGGAUCUGGCUGCUGUCCUGUGGUCUGGUGGCUCCAGCUGUGGCUCACACCUACCAUGUGGAGUUUAAGAAUGAGGGCUUCACCAUCUGCGAGGAGUUCUGGAUGGGCCAGGAGAGGGAACGGCUGGCUUACGCGUACAGCACUCUCUUCAUCACCUACGUCCUGCCUCUCUCAGCGCUCUGCAUCUCUUACCUGUGCAUCUCUGUCAAACUACGGAACUGUGUCGUACCUGGCCACCACACCCAGAGCCAGGCAGAGGCCCAGCGCAUGCGCAAACGCAAGACCUUCCGCCUGGUGAGCCUGGUGGUGGCAGCAUUUGGCAUCUGCUGGAUGCCCAUCAGUGUCUUCAAUGUUCUGCGUGAUAUUGACAUUGACCUGAUUGAUAAGAGGUACUUUCUGCUCAUUCAGCUGCUCUGUCACCUGUGUGCAAUGAGCUCAUCCUGCUGCAACCCCUUCCUCUACGCCUGGCUGCACGACCGCUUCCGUGCUGAGCUCCGCAAAAUGUUCACAUGCCGCCGUCGCAUCGGCAUCUCAGCCAAUAACUGUGCUACAGCCAGUGUGGUUUUGUGAAGUUCCUGUGUUUUAGGCUACUGUUGGUUAGUCUUUGCUUCUUUGGACGGUAGAGUAAACUCAUCUCGCUCUGGUAACAUACAGCUAAACUAACAGAAUUAGACAGGUAGGAUUCUCUAGUCUGUAUAGUGCUCUAGCUGUAACUCGAGGCAGCCACAUUGUAGUUUGCUUUGUUGUUUACCAAAAUGCUAAUUAAAAAUAAAAGGCACUCCACUGAUUUCACAUUGUGGGUCUCACAAUGGACAGUUCAUCUUUUUUUGAUCCAUGGAUUCUCCUUCCUGGUCAAAACCUGGUGCCUACAUUACCCACAGUGCAGCUUGACUGCCGACAGUCCAGUCACAGUUUUGGGUUUGUUAGUGACAACAGCUAAUGCAGCCUUGAGCUGCAAGCUUAAAGCAGAGAUAGGGAGGAAACUGCAUAGGUCUGAUAAGCGCACUGCUUUCAAACUCCACACCCCCAGAUUUUUAUUACUUUUUCAAACUUGUAGUCCUCAAACACAACUAACACUGACAGACUUCAAUGGCAAGGCUGACAAAAUUCUGUAUUUUCAUUACUAUCAGCAUUUGAAGCAGCAGGCUUUUUAAAAAUCACAAAUAUAUACUUAAAUAAAAAAUAAAAAGACAGAUAAUUUUAGAUAAUUUCCUCAAACUGCUGGUCACUGUAGUUUCCUGCAGACAUCACACACACAGGAGUGAAUUGUUAAUUUGUUGGGGACUGGUGGCAGCAGGAUGCUGUAUGUAGGAUUAAUUGGGAACAAACUGCAGAGCCCAUGUUCAUCAUAAUGAGGCAUCAUGUCACUCUCACUGAUGUGUUUAGUCUUUGGACAAGAAUGGAAGUCUAUGGCACUGGGUAAUGAGCUACAGUAUGUCAGGCUUCAGAUACACUGUACUGUACCUGUAGGAUCAAUUCUUUGUUGGUGUUAGUCUGAUUGGGAUUUGUUGACCAUUAUAAAAGAAACUAUCACCAAACUUAUCCUAGCCACAAUUAUACAGUAUUGCAUUUAUGUUAAAAGUUUUGGAGAUCAGUCCUACCUAAUUUUUCUCUUUCUUGUAUAUUUGUAAAAUUCUUUUUUCCUUGAUAAAUUUUAUAAUACACAAAAUGAUUAAUAGACAUAACACAAACUUGCUGGAAAUGGAAGAAGACAGAAUGAAAAGAACAUAAAGCAACAACUGAAAUUGCUGAUGCAUUAUGGAGCUUGUUU